GCUUCGCGCAACCGACGUAAGAGGAAGAUGAAUGAGAAGCAGGCAAGAAUCUGCUACAUGACAGUCUGAGAAGCCGCUGAUAAAAGAAAGGGGAGAUUUAUACCUUUGUGAGAGGCGGUCGAGCACGCGGACGGAGCCGGGUCACAAGGAAGUAUCGUAAAAUGGAUCUUCGUGAUAAAGAGAGGACACCUGGAGAGCCCUUGCCUAUAGUUAUCAUUGGUAACGGCCCGUCAGGGAUCUGCCUGUCAUACCUGCUGUCGGGUCACACCCCCUACCUGUCACCCGAGGCCUGGCACCCGAACCCCCUGCUGAACAGCAAGUUGGCAGAGCAGCCUCACUUGUCGCUGCUGGAGCAGGAUCUGGAAUACCUGUGCGAGGGGCUGGAAGGGCGCUCAUCCAAUCCGGUGGCGGUGCUCUUUGAUGCGCUGCUGCUGCCCGACAGCGACUUCGGAUUGGACCACACAUCUCCUUUGGAAUGGCGACAUGAGCCCGAGCGGGCCAUUCCUCACCUGGUUCUGGGGAAGGGCCCACCUGGAGGAGCCUGGCAUGCCAUGGAGGGCUCCAUGCUGACUCUGAGCCUGGCCAACUGGAUGGAGCUUCCAGGGCUCAAGCUGAAGGACUGGAUGAGAGAAAAACGCAGAAAUGUGAGAAAUGACCGAGCCACUCCUGCUGAGAUCGCCUCCUACUACCAACACUAUGUUACCCAAAUGUCACUGGAGCAGAGCUUUGCCUGUGGGACCACUGUUACCUCGGUAACCAGAGAGCCUGGAGAUCAGAAGGGAUUGCCGCCCUGCUGGAGAAUACUGGGACUGCAGCGCAGGGAGGGAGAGGCGCUAGGAGAUGGUUCCACAGUUUCAGAGGAGGUUCCGUUCUCCCUGUUGGCCCACAAUGUGGUUUUGGCAACAGGCACACACGACAUCCCGGCCCGGCUCGGCGUGGAGGGGGAGUCCCUGCCCUUUGUAUGCCACUCCUUCUGGGAGCUGGAGAUGGCCAUUUCCCGCGGCGAGCUAGACCAGUCGUCAGACCCAGUCCUUGUUGUGGGGGCAGGACUAACAGCGGCUGACGCUGUGCUGGCUGCCCACCAUCUCAACACGCCUGUGUACCAUGCUUUCAGACGCUCCGUCUCUGACCGUGGUCUCAUCUUCAACCAGCUGCCUAAACUGCUCUACCCGGAGUACCACAAGGUUCAUCAGAUGAUGACCCAGCAGCAGCACCAACCAAUGCCUUCCACACCAGAACAUGACCAGAACCCUCUCGUUACAUCUUUCAGCAGAUUUACACCCCCCUCCUCUUAUCCAGGGUACCUGAGUUUCCCGUGCCACAGGGUUGCGGCGAUCCGACCUGACCGAAAGUGCGUCCUAGUGUCAGACUCCGGAGAGGAGACAGUGGUCAUAGUGUCCAAGGUGCUGGUUCUGAUCGGUGCACACCCAAAUCUUUCCUUCCUGAACAAUAACGGACGUUCGUUAGGCAUCAACCCAGAUGAGCCCAUCUCAUGCCGGCGAAACCCAAUUGAUGUGGACCCGUUCACCAACAGGGUGCUGGCGGCGGAUGGCCCGGGCUUGUACGCCAUUGGCCCAUUGGUUGGGGAGAACUUUGUUCGGUUCCUGAAAGGAGGAGCGCUGGCCAUCGCUAGCGAUCUUGCUAAGAGACAGAGCAAGGAAGGAGGGGAUGCUGGGAGCAUGGACAGGUGUUUGGACCGACAGGUGACCUGUCAGACAGAAGUUCUGGACUCGUAGCAGGAAACUGAAGGGAACUUAAACAAACCAUCCUUCUCUGAUCGAGACUAAAGCCGGAAUUAGAGCGUUGCUGCUUGGGUGUUUCAGCACCAUAAACCAGCUGCUGGAGUAAAGCUUGGUUUAUGCUUGACACAUUCACGUUCCGCUUGGUGAUGCUGCUCGCGGAUGGAACGCGCUUCACAACGUGCAGCGUUUAUUGUUCAUGCGGCUUGUCUCUGUGGUGAGCCAAUAUUCUCCCAAACUGUAGGGGGCAGCAUGGAGCUCUACGGCAUGCAUCCAACACUACACCAAUAGUAGAAGUAGAAAUUACUGUUGUUUAUAGUUGUUAAUGAAAGUUGAGAGCCAAUUCAGCUCUUUUAGAAUUGGUGGAGUUCUUGUUUCCACCAGGAUCACUGCUUUUCCGUUUGUUCCCCUUCCUUGCCUUCACACAUUGGUCCCUCAUGUUUUUCCAGCAUUUUUUAACAGCAUCCUCGUCUUUUCUGACAGUGCAAACUAUUUCUCUCCAAGAAUUAUUAACAACAUGUUGGUCACGGUGAUCUUUGAGAGCCCAAUCAUACAAAUGUCUGUAUUUACAAACUCUGCCAUAACUAGUUCUUGCCAGUCCGCCAUGUUUUUCCGUGUUCGACCGUCUGCGUGGUUAGAAAAUUCCCUAGGGCGUGGUUAUUAAAAUGACACAAUUUUGCCGCGCAGAGCCGUGCGAACCUCGUGGACACAUCAAGCAUAAACCAACCUUAACCGGACCAGAACCAGUGAGCUUAACGUCCAGAACAAAGCUGGAGAAGGAAGUUGGGGAGGAUUGCUGUGUUUGGGUAGAAACUGGUCUCUUAGUCUGGCUUUAAAAAGAUCACUUUUGCAUCAGAACAUUUUAAAAUAGAUUUUUUAAAAGUCAGAUUUACUGUUUUCGGAUCUUUCUGACGAACAUGGAGCUCCUUUUGAUGACUGAACAAGUUUCUGAUCAUUAAGCUGCAGCAGCUGGUAAAAAUCAUUCAAACACAACCAGAUCAAAGAGGAAAUCACCUGGUUCUGACCCAGACAUCUCCCAUUACCAAGACAGCUGCCUUUUAAAACUAAAUGUUUCCUAAUUCCUGUUUUUAUGUUUGUAUUAUUUUACAUUUUGUAGAACUUUGGUCUUUUUUUUAUUUUUUACUUAAUUGGAUUUUAAUCUCCUGUAAUUUAACUCAACUGGUCUUUUUUUGUAACUUUAAUUUCUAUUAAAUUAUUAAUUUACUAAAAAAACUAUAUAAUGAUACCUUUUACGUUUUAAGGGUCCAAUUUAAGUUUAACUAUUAAAGUAUUUAAAACUUGGCAUGAUGGUGUUUUAAUAAAUUAAAUGUUUUAAUGUAAAUUAUUGAUGAUGAUUCAUCCAAAUUUUGAUAGGAUGAAUCUUCAGAUAAUUUUUUUACCAAGUACAACUAACUUUUUAAGAUAAUAAAUUAUUUUAAAACACAUUUAUGCAGACAAGUUUAAAUGUGAAACUUUGCCCGGAUGUAUCCAACACGUUUCCAUCUAGCAAACUGCUAAUGAUAGAUUUUCAAAAUCUAAGAACAACUUAUAAAUAAAUUGACCCGACUUGGUGGUGGUCAGAGGUACCGAUGGCACGAAUAACCGCCUCACCUGUCAGACCGCCCCAGGGUGUCUGUGGCUACGUAGUAUCAUACCAUCACACGCAGCGUGCCAAUGUGUGAGUGCAUGAAUAAUGGAAAGUGCUUUCAGUGCCUAAAAAAGCGCUAUAUGAUUCAAAUCCAUUAUUAUUAAUUUUAAAUAUCACUAUUGCAGAGCGAUGCCAUGUCACCAGGUUUUUUAUUUCUCAACCACAGAAAAAAAUCUUUUUACUUCAAAUGAUUUAUAAAUCGUGUGGUUUCAUAAUUAACUGUUUCAUCUUGGUUUAGUUAAACUGAACAAUAAAACAUAUAUUUGGAAUGCUAUAAUGAGGUAGCUUUGGUUGAUAUAAAUCAGAAUAUAUGUGUGUGUGUAUAUACAUAUAUAUAUAUAUAUACACACACACACACACACAUAUAUAUAUAUAUAUAUAUAUAUAUAUAU